AUGGAACUUAAAAAUGUGCUUAUCUUAUUGGCCCUUGCUUUAGUCUUAAAGCAGAAUGCAACAGCAUCAAGAAACCUAAGAGUUUUGACAGGAUACAACAUAGCAGAGAUGCUUCAAUACACUGGAGAGCUUGUCAAUUGUUGGAAUGCACUCUUGGAGCUGAAAUCCUGCUCUAAUGAGAUUGUUUCUUUGUUCAUCAACCGCGAGAGCGAUCUUGACCCUUGUUGCUGCCGUGUAAUUGCCACCACUAGGCAUACUUGUUGGCCAAUUAUCAUGGUUUCCUUUGGAUUCACACCUACACAUGGUGUCAUAUUGCGAAGCCAUUGUUAUGCAGCAUCUGGUUCUACUGCGUCCUCUCUGCUGGCUCUUUGA